UGAUAUAUUCCUGGUGAUGCAGUUGUGAUACUUUGUUACAGAUUCGAUUGAACACAGCAAUAACAUCUGGAGCAGUUUUUUGCCUGAAGCCACGCAGUGAGUAGACAACAAAAUCUUCCAAUUAAAACACGUAUCAUAAGAAUGUGACCAAUUAUGGAUUGUUGGAAGAAAGUAAAGGGAGCUUCAUAUCUAAAAUUAUACCUUAAAAGAAUGCAACUUGCAUAGCUACAGGCGAUGAGAGUAUGUAUAGCUACAUCGAUCGAUUAUAUACAAGAAAGUAUUGGUAGGCGAAUGAUGUACCGAUAUUUUUGCUAAUUGGCUGCGAUAUAAAAAUGAAAUACUCGUUAGUCGCAGAAACACUCUUUUGUGGUCAGUACACAGUGCAACAGUUUGUAAAUUCACAUUAUCAAUGGAUAGCAACAGUAAGAAAGAUACAUUUCCUCUAAUUCAGAUUUCCACUAAGAUGUUACAAAUUAUCCGUUUGUGGAAUGAAUCAUCUGGGCAAAGAAUGUCGACAUUCGGUGCGCUAUUGAUUGCCGUGUUCCCAAUAAUGUGGCUUAUCCCUAGCUGGUUGUUUAUAGUAAGCUCGCAGGACAAUAUCAAGCGUUUGAUGAAGGCGAUCAACGAACAGAUAGUGUUUUGUAUAGUGUUUUUGAAAUUUAGCUUCUAUGCAAUUCAUUUUCGUCGUUGGGAGCAGUUAUUUUACGAUCUGCAACGUUCGUUCAGCACCGUUGUGAACAAUCCCAGUCUCGAGAUACAAACCAUAUUGGGACACGUAACGAAAUCGACCCAUAAGCUCACUAAAUACUAUUGCUCUAUAGUAAGCUUCAACGGUGCUGCGUACGGCUUAUUUCCAAUGUUGUUCAUAGUGGUUAAAUAUGCCGUGACGGGCUCGUACGACGUACCGCUUUCAACACCGAUUGAAGGAAACUAUUUUAUCCCCGGUCUGCGUACAAACUUUUGGGUUUGGUUGCCGGUGAAUAUAACACUAAGCGCGAUGCUGGAGUUGCAUGGCUUUGCUUUGUUUUUCGUUGAAACCUUCACAUGGAAUCUUGUGUAUGCCACAUCCUGUAUGUUUCGAAUCCUGCAAAUCCUGGCCAACGAGCUUUCGCAUCAAUGUCGAAAUGAAAAGGAAUGGAAUGGCAAGCUUAAAACAUUCAUAGCUCUGCAUGAUUCUGUGCUAAGAUCGGCUGAAACACUGGAGGAAAUAUUGAGUUUGCAGAUGUUAUUACUUUACAUAUCGACCAUUUUGGCUCUGUGUCUGGGUAUGGUCGUGCUGUCUUUGGCUGUCAAUGAGGUGUAUGUGCUGUUGACUACCAUGGCCGUAUUUGGCUACUGUAUUUUUCAAACCUUUUCCUUCUCUUACCUCGGCACUGAGCUCAUUGAGCAAAGCGAAGCAGUAGCGGACGCAAUUUUCCACAGCAAAUGGUACACGCAGAAGCUGAACAGACAGAAAGACAUGUGUUUCUUGAUGAUGCGAGCAAAUAAGCCGGUUAAAUUGACUGCCGCCAAGUUGUUCGUUGUAACACGCGAUUCCUUCACCCAGGUGAUUAAACAGGCGUACACAAUCUUUACAUUGAUGUCACAGUUUUUGGACAACCCUGUGAAUUAAAAUAUUUGGAUUGUAGAGAAUCAUACAAUUGCGU